AUGUGGAGCGCAUACCUCUUCAUUAUUGCCGCGCUGGCAAUCCAGCUCGAAACUGGCGAAGCAGCUGACAUGAGAUACCGCGAUGCAUCCACCUGCGUCGACCCAGAAUCCUUCAUGUCAUGUAGGCAUCGCGCUCGUGAAUCGCGCAUCGACUGUGUCAGUAAGCGCUGUUACGGUGCGGAGGACCCAUGCACCAAAGUAUGCAAUGGCGAUGAUACGUGCAUGCGAGAGAAAUGUAAUGCCUUACAAAAUGAAUGCCACAGGCCCUGUGAAUGUGCCGAGGCACAGGACAUAAUUGAUUGUACUGCAACGAGCUGCUGGAAUGAGGUAUAUUCAUGCGAAUAUGGAGUGUCGGUCAGCGGCCUGACGAAUAUCCGUCUCAUUGCACGCAGAAUCUGGGACACCUGUCCUAACACAAAACCCUUCCUUAUCACCGCCGAUUACUGGAGUAAGUACUUACUCGGCUCGCUUGACUGGGAUGCCUGUGCCCCGUACCUGCAGCAAUAUGAUUGCGCUGGGACCUUAGGGUUUGGGGCCGCCGAUGCCGGAGGUACACAGAACUUUUAUGAGCCGGGAAACAUCCCCAAGAAUGGGACGGGAAUGUUGACGAACACGGGCGGCGUUAUCUCGACCCCUGUUAGUGGGAGUAGCUUCACCUGGACGCUUGGGUCGACGACGCACCCUAUUACUGCGGUGGUGAGUAGUACGGCUACUCCUUCUACUACGAGAGAAUGUACGGCUACGGCAUGUCAAGGGAGACAGACGACGGGUGGUGGAGAGUCAAUCGCAGCAGGUCAGUCUAGGCCGGGUAUCUUGUUGGCUGGUACUCUACUAGGGCUCUGGGCUGCUUGGAUCGGCUUUUGCAUGUAG